AAUGCCCAGUGAUCCUUGUGGGGUGUUGCUGACACAGAGCUUGCUCUCUAGAGAGAGAAAGCUAGUGAGAGAGAGAGAUAGAUAGAGAGAGGUAGAAGACUAGAAGUAGUGUAGUCCAGUGUGAAUUGUUGGGUGUCCAAUGGGUGGAGGGGUUGCACACUUGCUCCUCAUCCACACUAGCUACCCCAGCUCAGCUCAGCUCAGCUCAUUCCUCUCUCUCUCAUCAACCCUAGCUAGAAGAACUAGAUAGAAGCUUUCUUGAGCCAGCCAAUUAACUCGAUCUCUCUCCUCUCGCUCUCUCUCUCUCUCUCUCUAAUUGCUCUCUCGCAGUUGCUGCUUAAUCCGAUCGAUCGAUUGAUCGGGGGUGAGAAGCUAAUUGAGAUCAUCAGCUCCGUUCUUGGCGAGAGGGAGGGGGUAGACAGCUCCGUGAUUCCGUCUAUGCCGGUAGUGACACUGCAGGUGCACGCUGGGUAGGCAGUGGUAGUGGUAGCAGCAGCCAGCAGCUGCAGUGGUGGUGGUGGCGCUAGUCGUCGUCCCCGGCCGGCCUCGAUCGUCUCGUCGUCAGAGACCGGUUCACGGGUUAGGGUCGCCGCCGGCCCCCACCGCGCGCGGCAGGUGGAGGUACGGGGUGCAACUGCGAGCUGCUUGCUGCACAUGAUCGGAGGCGGAUCGGUCGUCGUCGUCGCCGGCAGCGAGAUCUGACUCCGAUCCAUCGCCGAUCGAUCGAUCAGACGUGUGGGUAGAAGCAGCAGCAGCAGAAGUUAGCUGGAGCAGUGGAAUUCAGGAGAGGGUAGGUCGAGAUGAUGCUCAAGGAUCUGGCGGAAAUUCAGCAGCAGCAGCAGCAGCUCGCCGCCGAGGAGAACAUGUCGAACCUCACGUCGGCCUCCGGCGACCAGGCCAGCGUCUCGUCCCACCCGGCCCCGCCGCCCGCCAAGAAGAAGCGCAGCCUCCCGGGCAACCCAGAUCCUGAGGCGGAGGUAAUCGCGCUGUCGCCGAAGACGCUGAUGGCGACGAACAGGUACGUGUGCGAGAUCUGCGGGAAGGGGUUCCAGCGAGACCAGAACUUGCAGCUGCACCGGCGAGGGCACAACCUGCCGUGGAAGCUGAAGCAGCGGAACCCCAAGGAGGCGGUGAGGAAGAAGGUGUACGUGUGCCCCGAGGCCGGGUGCGUGCACCACGACCCGGCGCGCGCCCUCGGCGACCUCACCGGCAUCAAGAAGCACUUCAGCCGCAAGCACGGCGAGAAGAAGUGGAAGUGCGACAAGUGCUCCAAGCGCUACGCCGUCCACUCCGACUGGAAGGCCCACUCCAAGGUCUGCGGCACCCGCGAGUACCGCUGCGACUGCGGCACCCUCUUCUCCCGGCGGGACAGCUUCAUCACGCACAGGGCGUUCUGCGACGCGCUGGCGGAGGAGAGCGCGAGGGCGGUGACCGCGGCGGCGGCGGUGGCGGGACAGCAGCACGCGGGGGCGGGGCUUCUCUUCCCUCAGGGCGGCGGCGGGUUGCAGCUGCCGGCUGUGCUCGAUCACCCGGCGAUGGCGAUGGGCGGGCACGGGCUGAUGCAAGAGCUGUGCCUCAAGAGGGAGCAGCAGCAGCAGUUCGCGCCGUCGUGGCUCACGGCGCAGCAGCAGCAGCUAGAGACGAUGGGCAGCGCGGUGAGUCCGGCGGCGAUGUACGGGUCUGCGAGGCUGGACCAGGAGUUCAUCGGGAGCUCCACGCCGGAGAGCGGCGCCGCGCAGCACCAGGGCGGCCUGAGCUUCGCGUUCUCGUCGACGUCAUCCGCGCCGCCGCCCGUCGCCUCCUCGGCGCACAUGUCCGCCACCGCGCUGCUGCAGAAGGCUGCACAGAUGGGCGCGACGCUGAGCCGGCCGUCGAGCCAAGGCCAGAUGGCGGCGGCGAGCACGCACAACAGCACCAGCGCCACCACCAAUGCAGCUCCUCCUCCUACUAGCAACGUGACGAGCACUUGCGUCGGCGCCGGCAGCUACGGGCUCGCAUUCGAAGCGUCUCACUUCAUCGGAGCAGACGACAGGACCAGGUCCGAUCGUGCCACCAGCAACGGCGGAGGCGGCGGCGCCACCGCCGGAGCCGGCAACGACGGCCUCACCAGGGACUUCCUGGGCCUUAGAGCCUUCUCCCACGGCGACAUAAUGAGCAUGGCAGGGUUCGAUCCCUGCAGCAUGUCGACGACGUCGGCCUCGUCGGCGGCGUACGACCAAGGCCACCACCACAGCAACAAGCCAUGGCAUAGCUAGUAACCUCGGCAACCACAUCCACACCAGCUCGGCCGCCAUGAAUGAAUUGAAGCGAACUAUGCAUGCACACAUCCAGCUAAUUUUGCUCGUGGACUGACUACUCAUCGAACUGCACGAUGAUCAUGUCAAGAUUCAUAGCUGGGUAAGUGAGCCGAAUUCAAUUAGCCAGCUUCAUCUCUUUCGAUGAUCGAUGUUCCAAUUGAGGUUUAAUAAUUUGAUGUUCUUUUGGGGAGGGUAUGGGCUGUUCAAUUCAAAUAUAUAUGGAACUUUCAAAUUAUAUAUUGUUCAUGCUAGCUACUAUAUACUAUCAUAGUUAAUUCAUCUUCCUACUGUAAUAAUAAAAUUUUUAGCUAUUCAGCUCAUACAGCUGUGUAGUUCUACUGCUAUUGGAAGCUCCAUUUGUAAUAAUCAGUUGUUCCCAUUAAUUAAUCGAUCCAUUUAAUUUGCUAGUUCUUGUAUAAUAGUAACAUGCAUCUGGAGAUGUCAUAUUGGCCGGUGGA